CUUCUGAAGAAGUCACUGGAACGUUUUGCAUAAGACGAUGAUCAAAUUGCGAAGUAAGAUCAUAUUUCACUUGACUGAAGCCGUUGGAGAUGGGAAGCUGGCUGACGUGUCUGGUGAUUUCUUAUUGUUUUUUAACUUUAUAUCGAAAUGAGGGUAAUUUUGUGCAGGGUGAAGAUUUAGCCAUAAAAAAUGCCUCCGAAAAUAAUUACAAAUAUGCAGAACCGACGGUAAUGAUAGCGAUUUUGGUCCGAAAUAAGGCUCACAUUCUGCCAUGGUUCUUCGGACACUUGGAAAAACUAAAUUAUCCCAAGAAUAGAAUAUCAUUUUGGAUCAGAAGUGACCACAAUGAGGAUGACUCUGCCCGGAUGCUCAGGGAGUGGAUGGAUGCCAAUAAAAAUGUUUACCACAACAUAGACUUGGUGAUUGAGGACAACAAAGACAAAUAUGAAGAUGAAAUUGGUCCUUUACACUGGUCUACUAAGAGAUUUGACAAAGUUAUUGCCCUUAGAGAGAAUGCUUUGCUAGCUGCUAGACAUGCCUGGGCGGAUUACUUAUUUAUGCUUGAUGCUGAUGUUGUUCUGGAAAAUAGAAAUACACUUACACAACUGAUUGAUGCCAAACAACCCAUCAUAGCCCCCAUGCUAAAUGCAAGCAUAGGAGAAACAUAUUCAAAUUUUUGGGGAGGAAUGGAUGAAAUGGGAUACUAUAAGAGAGCCCCUGGAUAUUUUGACAUUUUGGAGAGAAAGCGGUUGGGUGUUUUUGAGGUUCCAAUGGUUCACACAGCACUCCUUUUAGAUAUGCAUCUGAUGGAGUCCGAUUCCUUUACCUACAACAAACCUGAGGGCUAUGAUGGCCCUCAUGAUGACAUCAUUAUUUUUGGUCUCAAUGUCAGAAAAGCAGGAAUGGUUAUGCACAUUAUGAAUACAGAGUAUUUUGGAAUUGUGAUGGUUCCUCUAGAGAGUCACAAUACGUUGGAACAAGAAAGCCAACAUUUUGAUUUUAUUCUAUUGGAGGCUAUAGAUGCAAACUUUAUUGAUGAGAUGAAAAUAGGCAGACAAUUCCCAGUGGAUAGAAAAGAACUUUUCAGUUCCCCAUUUAUUACAACGACAGACCCAACACCAUCCAAGCUAGGCUUCGACCAGAUUUACAUGAUAAAUUUGUUAAGACGACCCUUGAGACGCGAAAGGAUGUAUAAAGCAUUUAGAAUUCUUGGUAUUGAAGCCAAAACAGUAAAUGCUGUUGAUGGAAAGGAACUAAAUACUACAUACCUAAAUGAACUCGGAGUAGAAAUGAUGAAAGGUUAUGCAGAUCCUUAUCAUGGAAGACCUCUGACUAUGGGGGAAAUUGGAUGUUUCCUUAGUCACUAUUUUAUUUGGGAAGAUGUUGUGAAGAAUGGUUACAAAAAGGCUAUUGUGUUUGAAGAUGAUGUCCGAUUUAGUCCUUAUUUCAAAACAAAAUUGACAAGAUUGAUGUCCGAAGUAGAACAAAAUGUUAAAGAUUGGGAUCUUAUAUAUCUAGGGAGAAAACGCUUGCACAGGAAUGAGGAGAAAGUAGUGGAUGGAACCUCUCACUUAGUGUGGCCCAGUUAUUCCUACUGGACCCUGUCCUACAUAGUAUCCCAAGAGGGGGCCCAGAAACUGCUCAAUCAAAAGCCUCUCGGCAAAAUGGUGCCAGUGGACGAGUACCUUCCCAUCAUGUUUAAUAGACAUCCUCAAAAUGAUUGGAAGUCCAAUUUUACCCCUCGUAACUUGAUUACAAUGUCAGCCGAGCCUUUACUAGUAGAACCAACACAUUACACCGGAGAACCCAACUAUAUAUCAGACACAGAAAACUCCUUUGUAGUGAAACCUGAAGAAUCGUUGCAAGAGGGAAAAUCAUCAAAAGAGGAGUUGUGAUCAUCAUUGAUUUCUAUAUAACAUCCGAGAUUAUUUGAGAUUGUGUUAAGUACAUGUACAUGCAGAGUGAAUGUUGUAUUUUUUAUAUAUAUAUAUAUAUGCUGUCUAGUCAUUGGUGUUUUGUUUUGAAGUCUAUUGUUGGGUGUAAUUGUAUGCUUGAUUAUAAGUAAACUGAAGUAUUUGUAUUGGUACCGGUAUACCUUUUAAUGUAUUAUCCAUACAUGUAUUUGUGUUUUUUAACACAUGCUAGUAUUAUACUUUAAUUCAAAUGAUAGAAUUUGCAUAAUAUGAUUAUCUCAGUCUCAGUUAGAAUAAUUAGAGUGGCUGUUUCAUUUUCACCAUGUACACUUAAGUUUCUUUCCAUUAUUUUUCAGUUCUUUGUAGAUAGAAUAAAUGCAUAAAUACUAUGCACCGUAAGCUCAUUUCAUUAUAAAUGUACUAAAAUAUGUAAGCAAAUAAUUCAUAUCUUUGUAACAAAAUGUCCUAUUAGGUACAAUGUAUGAACUUUUUCAUUGAUGUAGAAAAUAUCACACCAUGUAUACAAUAAUCAUUUUAAUGUUAACUCAAUCAACCUAAUAAAUUACCAGUUGUGAUUUCAUGGAAAACUACUUACAGCUUAAUUUUUUGGAUAGUUUUUCUGCCAUAUUUAACAUGUUUACAUAUAGACUGCCAACUUUUACAUUGCUGGAAAUCCGAAUUAUAUGUGGUUCUUGUUGUUUUAUGUAGGUCAAGAUUUUGUUUCGUGUGAAAAUGUGUAUUUGAAAUUGCAAUGCAAUGUUAUAUAUAUACUAAUAUGGUGCUAUGUGGAAUAUAUCAUGUAUAUACGCUGGGCUUUCACCAUCAAGUUUCUAUGAACUUGUCUGAAUUUUUUCUCAAUCAUGACAUGUCUUCAUUAAUUUUUUCAAAAAAUAUUUUUAUUAAACUUCAACAAAUUAUAUACAGUACAAUUGCAUUUGCUAACAAUUUUAUAAAAUAAAAUUUUAAAGUAUUCAA